AUUAAAUUUCAUUUUGUUCCUAUUGCUACUAAUCUUUUUGGUGAACAGUAUUCACUUUGUAAAGAAAGGAUAUUACUGGUAUUACAAGUGGAUUACAUCUGAAGCUGUUGUUCUUGGAUCUGGAGAAGGUUUAUAUAUUUCUUGCUGUGUGCAAAGACUCUGUAAAAAUCCAGGAACUUCUUGGUGUCAUCCUUCUAAAGUCUACGAGUUGAUACAAGUUCAGGUCGAUGCCGUCAGCCGUGAUGAAGAUUCUAUUAGCUUUGAUCUUCUUCUUAUCUUUAUCGUGGAAUUCUGAGGGACAGUUCGCGGACUGGUGCAUAGCAGAUGAGCAAACACCAGAUGAUGAACUGCAGAGGGCUCUUGGUUGGGCCUGUAGCAAUGGUGCAGAGUGCAGUAAGAUACAGGCAAACCAAGCUUGCCAUAUUCCAAAUACAGUAAAGGAUCAUGCUUCUUAUGCAUUCAAUAGCUACUAUCAGAAGUUCAAGCAUAAAGGAGGAAGUUGCUACUUCAAUUCUGCUGCAAUUUUAACCGCUGAAAAUCCAAGUCAUGGUUCGUGCAAGUUUGAGUAUCUUCCCUGAUCACCAAUUCUUGAACCGGGCGGGGCUUCUUGUCUUGUCCCAAGAAUGUUUUGAUUUUUAUGUAAAAGCAUUAGCAAAACUCUCAUACUAAAUUCCCGAUUAAUAUAUCAUGAAUUCUGAGUAUAAGCUCAGUCGAAUGUUAGUUGUUAAAUAUUAUUUUCCCACUAUUAAAAAAAUUGCUGAUAAAAACCAGGCAGGAUUUCAAGCCAUUUGCGCCCUAAAUCUUGAACGUAACUAAGCAGAAAUACCAAUAAUAGAAUCAUUUUAUGUGA